GAGAGAAGACCAUCAGGAUGUUGAGAACUUUAGUUAGAGGUACUGGGAGAGGCAGCACUAGACCAUUAGUUAUUGGUGAUGAAACGAUAGAUUUACGAGCAUUCAGGAAUACACCAGCUAAAGGAUUCGUCCCAGAUAGAAGCUCAUUGCAAGGAGAAUCUGGUUUAUCAAAUAAAUUACGCAAUAGGUCACCUCGUCGCACCCAGCAGCAGCCAGUAGCUGGUCAAUUUGAUGAUGCAGACCACAAAGAACUUUUGAACACACUAGGAGAGCGUAAAAUCACGGCAGAGAAUAAGAAGCAAUCUCACAAAAGUCAACAAAGGCGGUCCAAGAAACCCACCAACUCCAAAAAGGAAGAGGAAGGCAAGGAUAAGCAAAGGCGAGCAUACGCUCAAUACACGCCACCUACAGAUCUCCAGACUAGACAGCCAAAGGAAACAAAGGAGCCACGCAAACCAAAGUUGAAGGAAAUUGAAAUCGACAGGGUUGACUUAUCUUCCCUCAUUUUUGAGACUGGAGAAGCUGAUAUUAUGCCUACAAAUAAGAACUUUAAUGAACCAGCAACACUCAGUGAAGAAGAACGUCGUAAGCAGCACAUGGAACUCGUCGGUGGUGAUUACGAGAGGUACGCAAAGUACAAUACACCAUUGCAGCAUGCGAUCAGCGCGCAAAGGAUGUACACACUCAGCCAAAGGGAUGAGCUCGUGAAUAACAUUAAAAAAUUUACAAAAACUGCUUAAUUUCGUUCUUCUGCAACGACAAAUGCCGUUAUGUAGUCGCCGUCAUGGGAUAUUGAUAAAUGUAGAUUGAUAGAUGAACUUAUAUUCUUAUAUGUGACUUUUGGUUUCCUAUUUACUUUCUGCACUUCUAAUUCCUGCCAAGUUGACUGGUAAGCUGGGUAUAGUGCCUUAUAAGCAGCUUCCUUAGCAGACCAUCUGACACCCAAGUAGCUUAACUGUGAGUCGUUGCUACUAGGGAAUGUUGAUAGCUCAGACGGCGUGAGAAUACGUCUACUGAGCCGUGCUAUACCAUCCCUCCUUCUAUUUGCCAGUACCCGUAGUCGAGAUAAACUAAGCAAAUCUACUCCAACACCCUUUAUCAUACAGCAACAAGAUUAUAACGUUAUGACGUUUUGAUAGUGAAAUAGAAAGAAAUGCGUUUCAUUUGACGAUUAGAUUUUAUUUUCUACACUUUAUCCUCAGUUUAGACGUUCGACCGGCAUCCGACUUUCUUCUUUACAUUGAUGUCACGAUUCUCUCACGCAAAUUUCAACGCAAAGAACUACGCAGAAGCUAGGCCAACAUAUGUCCCAAAGAUAUAUGACCUUAUCAGCAACUUCCAUAAGGGCGCUAGAGACGCGGUUGUCGAUGUUGGUUCAGGGCCUGGCAACGGCACACAGGGGCUCCUAGAUUUAGAUUUUGGAAAGGUUUACGCCGUAGAACCAAGCACUGUUAUGAUAGAAGAAGGAAAGAAUAGACCACGCGGUACAGAGAUAGAUUGGUUCACUGGAUCAGGUGAAAAUCUUUCUCAGAUACUCCCAAACAAGGUCGAUAUGAUAACAUCCUUUGAGGCAGCUCACUGGAUGGACCAUGAGAAGACUUGGAAGGAAUGCUAUGAGGUUUUGACCCCAGGGGGUACUGUUGCACAUGUCAUGUAUGGUCAUACUGAGCUUCUCGGAAAUGAAAAAGCUAGUGAAAUUGUUCUCGAUUUCGCGCGUAAUAAACUUAAGGCGUAUUACAUGCCACAGCAUGACAUUGCAUUCGGAUUAAUGGAUGCAAUUGAUCCUCCAAGCUGGGCAACGCGUGUGGAGAGACAUAAGUUCCUCACUAAGUCUAAAGAUGGAGAGAAUCAGUGUAUAAUGACUAGGGAAACCACAUUGAGGGGUUUGCAAGCCCAGAUUUAUAGUUGGUCACCUACAGACCAAUACGUAGAGGAGCAUCCAGGUGAGGAUCCUGUUGGAGACAUCAUGAAGGUCAUUAUGGAACUCUACAAUGCUAAGGACUUGGACCACCCAAUCACAAUGGCUUGGUCAUUGGCGGUAUUCUUAGUAUCGAAGUGAAUUAUUAUGCAUGGUAUAAUUUAAGGGUUUUGCGAGCUGUAUUUGAGAAAUUGAGGCCUUUU